GCCACACGAAGAAGAAGGAUUUGUCAUCUUUUCAUUGACUUUGCUCCGGUGUUAUGCAGAUGAGGGCAGUGUGAAGUCCCGAGACGCUUUUAUUACGAGCGUGACGAAAACCCGGACUGCCCUGUACUACAACGUUGGCAAGGAAACCCGGACUGCCCGGUACUACAACGUUGGCAAGGAAACCCGGACUGCCCUGUACUACAACGUUGGCAAGGAAACCCGGACUGCCCGGUACUACAACGUUGGCAAGGAAACCCGGACUGCCCGGUACUACAACGUUGGCAAGGAAACCCGGACUGCCCUGUACUACAACGUUGGCAAGGAAACCCGGACUGCCCUGUACUACAACGUUGGCAAGGAAACCCGGACUGCCCUGUACUACAACGUUGGCAAGGAAACCGCCUUUACGACCGGACCCGAGUCCUGUGGAAUGACGACUCUGGACGACUGCAACGCUGAGUAGCUAGCUAGGACACAAAUUCCUCUGCAAAUUGAACUGUGCUAGUUAUGUCUUCUGGGAUGACUGGGCAGACACCGUAAGUUACACUUUUUAUUUAGUACCAUUUACUUUUAUAUUUUGGAUAAGAAAACGAAUUUUAGUUUCGUGCUAACAUGUUAGGUAAGUUAGCUACCUACAAUCAUGUUAGCGGCGAUUGCUGGUUUUAUUGCUAGCUAGCUAGGUAACGUUCUUAUUCCAUUGCAUGAAAGUACAAUUCGUUAUAACUAGAAUAUUUUGUAAAAGUUUAUCCGAAAUUGAUGACCAAGCCACGGUCGUAGAUUCUUGUUUUUAUCAUAGCAGUAAAGUUGAUCCGUGCUAACGUGGCUAGACGUUAGCGGUAUGCUAAUUGAGCUAACGUUAACUAGCUAGUUAGCAACACCGGUUUCUGGUUAAGUUUCCUUGUCUAACGUUAGCUAGCCACCUAACAUAUCACUAGUUCGUGGAGGGUCAAGAAAGCGGUCUCUCUAAAGCUGUGGUUACCUGCUGAUACUACCCUCCAAGAUAAAUUAUUUGUAGAGGAGCAGGCCAGAACAGUUUUCAAGUGAAUGCCGAGGCCUACUAACCCUACGAACACUAAUGUUGGCAAGCAUCGGCGCAUUCGCGACUAGUGUUAUGCUAAAUAGCUUGCAAACACAAGAUAGCCCUCGAAUCCCGCCCUGCAAUAUUGUCUUGAGUUAGAUGAAAAGAUAGCCAACCAGGCAAAUUAGUCCCUAACUGUUGGAUAUGAUAUGGAGUGCGUCCCAGUUCAGUUAUUGUUGCAAGCCACUUGAUGUUGAAUUAAAUGUCUCUCAUUUCUCCCCAUCAUAAUGUAUCCAGGUGCCUAACCAGUAGCAGCAGAUGGGAUCAGCCUGCUCAGCCCAAAACGAGGGUAGACGUCGAGCAAGGCUUCGCAUCCUCUGUGGCGACCGCCCAGACCUGCACAUCGGCCCCUACGACCCCUCAAUCAGCCCAGCACCCUGUAGCCGGUCCACUGGUGCCCCAGACCUUGCAGGGGGACAUGCCAGCAGCACAGGGGGGAGGCGUGGAGAUGGCUGCGGCUAUGGCUGCUAAGAUCAAUGCUAUGCUGAUGGCCAAGGGAAAACUGAUGGUUCCUCCGCCACUACCUGGCAAGGUGAGAGGGAAAGGGUUAAUGUAACUUUCUCUCACUCAGUCCUGGUCCUGAGGAACCACUGUGUAGGCUUUUCAUCCAGUCCUAAGGGUCACAUGGCCAGUCAUAAGAGGCACAAGCCACAGACUAGAAUGGUUUCCAUUGGUGGUGCUACUUGUCUCUGAGAACAGAGAGAGUGAUUGUCAUUAUUUUCAACCACAUAAUAUAAUGUAGCCAUGUCCCAUAACUGGAGGUAGUAGAAGGUGAGGCCAGUUGAGACCAUGUGGCCUUCACUGAUACCCACCUCCUAGAGUAACCCAGCAGAGAGAACCACCCUGGUCUACAGACACGCCACGGUUACUGCUGCUGCUCACAACACUAUUCUCAAGGCAGUCUCUCUAACUCAGUGCUGGUCCUUCUGCACGCUGUGAGUCCCGGCUUUUGUUCCAGCCCAGUACUAACCAAUCAGAUUCAACCAAAUAGGGGCUUUAGUAGUCCGCUAGACCAGAACUAAAGCCUGGACCAUUGGUGGCUUCCCAGGAGGGUCAAACACUGACGUAACUUCAUGAUAUUGUAUGAUCACCAUGACUAGUUAUUUAGUGUUUGUAUGUUGAGUCAUAUGAAAAGUGUUGCCCAUGUCUUGCCCACAGAUCCCUCCGUGUAUGCCGGCUGCCAGUGGUGGAGACGAGACUGUGGUGACAGAGGUGGACAUCAACGAUGUGCCCAUCAACAGCAGAAACCUGCUCACCAAAGGAAAAACACAGGAAGAGGUAAAAAGACCUGAGUCUUCAUCGCAUCUCUCCACUUAGCGCCUUCUUAAAAUGCAGUGGAGAAAGCCAGAUGAGAGGGACCUUGGCCCUUUCCUCCAAUAUGAAUGAAAAGGAGGUGGAUACCAUCAAGCAGCCUGAAUCACAACCCUUUCUGUAUAAUAUAUAUCUAAUAUAUUCAAUUUAGACGACGUGUACAUACAUUUUAUGUAUUGGUGGCCCCAACUAAUACUGAAAGGGUUCUCUUUGUUUCAGAUUCGUCAGUUCAGCGGUGCAGUAGUCUCAACCAGAGGCCACUACAUGACCAGUGCAGAGAAGUCCCAUGGAAAAGGAGUGUAUGUAUGCAGUUGAUGUUACUGUGUGUAUCUGCAGUUGACUCUGACCACGUGGAGUUCUAACCGACUCUUCUUAUUUAGAGAAAGGCCUUUGUAUUUGCACGUCCAGGGAAAGAGCCAAGAGGAGGUCAACAGUAAGUAGAAUCUCUAUAACCCUCCCGUCUACAUUUGUGAUAGAUACUUUAUUGUCCUCAGAUCCUGUAAAUUACACAACGUGGUCAUGAAGAUUACGUGGGUUGGUGUGGUUGACUGGCCUUUGUUUUUCUCAGUAUAAUAUCCUCAUAUUUCCCCCAUUGACCCCUUGUCUAUGUAUUCCCUGUGUUGUCUUCCAGAGGCAGUGCUGAGGAUAAAGGAGAUCAUCUCUGAGGAUGUGUUGAGGACAGCUGCAGCGUUAGGAUCCCAGCUGAGACCCGUCAUACCCCCCCUGCCUCUCUACCCCCAGGCCCCUCGCCCCAUGGCUGCCCUCCAUCCACACCUGCCCAGGAUGCCUAGUGUCAACCCUCCCUUGCCACAUGGACACCGGCCUGCCGCGCCACACCAAGGGGUAGGUACAGGGGUCCCUGGUCCUCACAGAAUUGUUUUCCCUGGAAGGUUUUUAAGAAAUCCUGCUUGGAGGAUUCCCUCCCGAUUCUGGGAAUCCUCUAACUGGGAUUUCAACAAAAAAAAAACGUAGGAACUUUGGGUUUUUAUCGCAAUUUUGCGGGAGGGAAACGUGUUUUCAGUUUGCAAUCUGGCCCAUGUCCCAUAUCUGGAGGUAGUAGAAGGUGAGGCCAGUUGAGACCAUGUGGCCUUCACUGAUACCCACCUCCUAGAGUAACCCAGCAGAGAGAACCACCCUGGUCUACAGACACGCCACGGUUACUGCUGCUGCUCACAACACUAUUCUCAAGGUAGUCAUUUAGAUGGAUUAAAGGGAGAGCACUCGGUAGCUCCAUACUCUAGUGCUUUCUGUUAUCCAUAAGAUGAAGUAUGUUUGUAAUGUGGUGGUUGAACUAUCCCUUUAACAAUGUAUUGACCUUGACACAGGACUCAUCCAUAUGUAACUCUCAUCUCUCCCCCUCAAGAGUUUUGUGCACGUCAAGAUCUUUGUGGGUCUGGACCAGGCCCUGCCCUCGUUUAAUGUGAAUGAGAAGGUGGAGGGUCCCGGGGGCAUGUACCUGGCCCACAUCCAGACCGAGACGGGAGCCAGAGUGUUCCUCAGGGGGAAAGGCUCGGGGUACAUAGAACAGGCCUCACGACGGGAGUCCUUCGAACCACUCUACGUCUACAUCAGGUAAGAUUUUUAUUUUUAUUUCAGGGUCAUACGCCGUUAUCGGCCCAGCCAACAUGGGCUUAAAAUACCCUUUUAUAAGAAUCAUGAAAGUUGCCAUAGCAACUAUACUAUCAAUAUACACCAACCUGUGAUGAGUACAGAAGCCAUGUGAACUAUUUGGAGGUUAAAGAAGGUGAAACUAUUGAAGUGUAUAGUUGUCACUGAUACCCACCUCCUAUAGGAAACAGUAGCGUAAACCACCUGACCUCCAGACAUAGGUUUACAGUGCUCUGCACCUACUCACAACCAGAACCAGUACAGACUUAACCGUUCAAUUCUCUACCACGCUCUACAGCUCACUCGUAUGCAUUCAGAAGACUGCUCACCACACGUUGGCUAGCUAUCAGUCGUGCUGCUCUCUCGUAGAUGUUAGGUGAACCUUCUGUUCGUCUCGUAGUGUCUGAAAGAGUUUAUUUCCUGCUGUGGUGGUUAUCGGUUUCAUCCCAUUUCAACACUGUUGUCUUUUUCUUGUAGCCACCCCUACUCCACAGGGCUGGAAGCUGCAAAGAAACUCACAGAGAGCCUGUUGGAAACUGUAAGUCAACAGUGUUUUCCCCACUGACACACAGCAAGGAAAGCAGACACUGUAGAUGAGAGCGUAUGCUGAAUGAGUCCAAUGUACAUGAUUUACGUUUAUUUGAACUGGGUCGUGUUCAUUUGGCACCAAACAGAAGAGAACUGACUGAAACAAGGAGGUGACUACCUGGACUCAUUUGUUUCCCGUUGCAAAACGUUUUCCGUUUGCGUGCCAUAAUGAACACGCCCAAUGAUGGAGGUUAAAGAAGGUGAAACUAUUGAAGUGUAUAGUUGUCACUGAUACCCACCUCCUAUAGGAAACAGUAGCGUAAACCACCUGACCUCCAGACAUAGGUUUACAGUGCUCUGCACCUACUCACAACCAGAACCAGUACAGAUUUAACCGUUCAAUUCUCUACCACGCUCUACAACUCCCUUUGUGUUUUUAAACCAUGCAUGUUGUGGGAUUAAAAGUGUCUUGUUGAUAUACUUGCUUAUCUGAGACCUUUUUCCACAGGAUUUCUUCCUCUGCUUCCUCUAAACAUGAUUAACCUCCCUUUUGUAAGGAUUCAGUGUUCUCAUCCUGUUCCCUCUCGCCUGUGUCUGUUGUACAGGUGAGAGCUGAACAUACCCGCAUGGUCUCCAUCUACACAGCCACCGGCUCCACCCAACGUAAGUCUCCUCUCUCUCUCUCACACACACCAGAACUAACACUAAGUAACUCAAAUACCACAGUCAUAGGACCUGGGCCCGUAUUCAUAAAGCACCUUGGAGAAGAGCGCUGAUCUAGGAUCAGCUUUGGAUUUGAAUGGACAAGGGGGGACCUGAUCCCAGAUCAGCACUCUUACUCUGAGACAUUUUUAUGAAUAUGGGCCCAGGAGUUCAGGUGAAAUAACCAGCCAGGCCUGGGUUUUCCUGGUCAGGGUAAAUAACCAGCCAGGCCCGGGUUUUCCUGGUCAGGUUAAAUAACCAGCCAGGCCCGGGUUUUCCUGGUCAGGGUAAAUAACCAGCCAGGCCCGGGUUUUCCUGGUCAGGGUAAAUACACCAUUUUGCUAAACCAGCCCGGGUUUUCCUGUCAGGUAAAUAACCAGCCAGGCCGGGUUUUCCUGGUCAGGUAAAUAACCAGCCAGGCCCGGUUUCCUGGUCAGGGUAAAAAACCAGCCAGGCCCGGGUUUUCCUGGUCAGGGUAAAUAACCAGCCAGGCCCGGGUUUUCCUGGUCAGGGUAAAUAACCAGCCAGGCCCGGGUUUUCCUGGUCAGGUUACGUGGACAGAGAAACUUCUGGCCCUACUCAUUUACUUGAAUAUAAUAGAAUGGCCUGAAUGUUUCCCUUCUAGUAAAUCAAUUCCUAUGUUUGCUUAAACCACAGACACUACUAGCUCCUGUCAUAAAUGAAUCUCUCUCUGUCUCUAGUGGCACAACAACAAACAGAACAGACAGUCAACAACCCUGUCUGUGAAUGACCCCUUCUUCCAAUCACAUCCAUUAACCCUGAUCUCCUAUACUUCCCUUUCAGCAUACCCAGCUCAUGGAUACCCAGCUAAUAGCACUUACUCUAGCCAGGGCUGGGGCAGCAGCAGUGGUUACCCAGGGUGUAACGGGCUGGGGCUGGCUGGGGGCUAUGCUGCCUCUACCAGCUACCCCACACCGCCAGGACCCGCUGGCUAUUGGACUAGUGCUGCUAGUGGUCAGCCCAGUCAAUCUAACCUGUCGACAAACCCUCCAUCUUCUCAGGCUAUGGUUCAGUAUCCUGUCUGUCCCAGGAAGACACACCCAUACCUAUUACAGGUACGUAGUGGCUAGGAAACCAUACCGUUACCUAGUACAGGUACGUAGUGGUUAGGAAACCAUACCGUUACCUAUUACAGGUACGUAGUGGCUAGGAAACCAUACCGUUACCUAGUACAGGUACGUAGUGGCUAGGAAACCAUACCGUUACCUAGUACAGGUACGUAGUGGCUAGGAAACCAUACCGUUACCUAGUACAGGUACGUAGUGGCUAGGAAACCAUACCGUUACCUAGUACAGGUACGUAGUGGCUAGGAAACCAUACCGUUACCUAGUACAGGUACGUAGUGGCUAGGAAACCAUACCGUUACCUAGUACAGGUACGUAGUGGCUAGGAAACCAUACCGUUACCUAGUACAGGUACGUAGUGGCUAGGAAACCAUACCGUUACCUAGUACAGGUACGUAGUGGCUAGGAAACCAUACCGUUACCUAGUACAGGUACGUAGUGGCUAGGAAACCAUACCGUUACCUAUUACAUGUAUGGAUUGGGAAGGUUACAGGAACAUGGGUGGGCUGUCCAAAUAGGAUUCAGGACAGGGAUCACAGUAGUUUAGAACAGACAACACCAUGACACCCAUAAGAAAGCAAAAAAAAUAGGUUUAUCACCUGAAAAUCAGUUUCUAAACUGAAGUCCUAUGUCUGUAUCAGUUUCAUUAGUUAGCCAGGAGAUGAAGUUGUACACCAUUGUAAGGGCAGGACUAACCAGAUGUAUUGAUGAAGGUGUACACCAUUGUAAGGGCAGGACUAACCAGAUGUAUUGAUGAAGGUGUACACCAUUGUAAGGGCAGGACUAACCAGAUGUAUUGAUGACCCUGGGAUUAGACUAACUGUUGUUUGGGUUUGACCUUGGUGUCUCAGGACCCUGGGUGCAGUGACCAGACGGAGACUGACCUGUCGUCAUCCAGCUCAACUCGGACAGGAACAGGAAGUCCUAAACGACGCUUCCAGGAAAAGACUGAGGAUGAGCAGGCCUCUCGGGUGAGACGGAGCUGAAACUGCUGAAAUAUGCAACGAGAGAGGUUUUUAAAGAGAACGGCUUGUCAACUGAAUAACCUGGCUAAACAAUAUCAAGGCUGUCACCAACCCAAAUAUGUUAGCUCAGUGCUUACUCGCAAGUGCAGAAAGUGUGUUUUUGUUUUUAACAAUUCCAACAGUGCUCUGUGGCCUUCUGCUAACAGUCCUUCCUGUCUGUCCAUCUCUCAGCCUGCCAGCAGCUCACCCGAGGCCCCGGUGAGAGAGAAGUCUCCCCCUCUACCUUCAGCAGCUCUGAGAGAGGAAGAGCGAGGACAAGGAGCUGAAAGGUUUCUAAAUAGUUCUCUGCUCUAAAUCUCUGGUUUUGUUUUGCCCAGAAUGUUGCAGCCACCGUGUUCAAAAGGUCACAAGGGGGGACGGGACGGGGGGGCAGUUACACGUUCAGACAGUUCUGGGUUGUUUUCUUACAUUUUGCACCUACUGAACACGCCCCUAAAAUGAAGCCUCUGAUGUUUCUCCACCCUGUGCCUUUGUCUCUGUCUGUAGGAUGUUGAUGCCACCUCCUCUCCCUGUGUUUCUGGCCCCCGGCCCUGUGGCACGCAAGAGACCCAGAGAGACGGCAGUACCAGUGGUCCCACCCAGUCUACCAACCAGCACCCCCGCAUCACAGGGUACGCGUCUUACUGGGAACAUACUUCACUGUACUUGAUGCCUGAAUGGGCAGACAUUUUAACCAUGAUGAAGUUGAGUGGUGUUUUUCGACGAUUUCUUCUCCCCUCAGUAGUGGAGUAAUGGAGGCAGACAGACCUGUCUGAGCUCCUCUGUGAUUGGCUGAGCCGUGCUAACUGUCACUCCCUGUAUGUGUUCUUUGUCUUCCCCUUGUGUUCUCUCUCCACAUGUCUCCUGGACCCGCUGCUACCUAACAUGGAUCUAUCUCAUCUGGUGUCUGUCUGAUCUCUCUGCUCUGACUGGCUGUGGAUCAAUCCAACCAACUCAAACAUGGGCUGGGCUCCUCUCUUGUUUUGCCCUCUCUCGCUCUCUUUCUGUUCUCUCUCUCUCUCUCUCUCUCUCUCUCUCUCUCUCUCUCUCUCUCUCUUUGUCCCUGUCUCUCUCUCUCUGUCUCUCUCUCCCUCUGUCUGUCUGUCUGUCUGUCUUUGUUCUCCUCAGAUUCUCCCCAGGAGGUGAUUGUGAAGAAGAUAAAGGUAGUGGAGAAACCUUCAGGUUUAGUGCCCUACGGAGGUGGGGUAAUGGACACUUCAUGCCUAGUACCCUACGGUGGGGACUCUUCUGAUGAGGGAGAGGACUCCUAGCAGUAAGACGGCUAACUCAUACCCCCCAUCCCACUACCCUUCCCAAAUCCCAUCAACCCCACCCUAAAGUGUCCUCAUUCCACUUAGAUGCUGGGGUUGCAGUGAUCAGUGUUCAGCCCAAGGCUAGCUAGCGCUGUUAUUACCAUCAUCGACUGCUGUACUGUGGGACCUCGAACAGAGCGUCGCACUGCUACAGCCCUGCCCCCAAAAACAAAGGAAUGCUACUUUAUGUUAUUAUAAAUAUUAAAGAUUCACGACAGUUUUCAUUUGAAAGGGUCCUUUUUAUUUCAAAUCUGAAAAAGCAUAUGUGGUUGUCCGUCUACGACCGAGCCUGCGCUACGACCGAAUUCUUCAACCUGCUUUACACCAAUUCACUGAUUAUUAUGUUGUAUAUAAUGGAAAAUGGUGUGAAUCUGUUCCCAUGGAAUACUGUAAUAAAUGGAUUUGGAAACAGCCUUCAUUUUGUUUCCUCAUGUUAGUCUAGCAGU